AACAGCAAGAGGCCAGCAGGUGGCAGCACGACACAGGAGCACUGAGAUAAACAAAGAAGAAGAAAAGUGUUUGGAAAGUCUCGCCAUUAGACAAUUAAGACACCUGACAUGCUCCUCCAUGAACCAGCCGCGCUUACGUGUAGGAAGCCGCGCCAAGAUCCUGCCUGUGGUGCAGCAGGUCUUAGGUCCAGGAUAUCAUCAAGACUUUCAUGGCCAACAUGGAGCAGCAGCUCAAACCUCUGAGCGACAACUUCCUCGCUCAGGUCGAAGCCCUCACUGACCUGAUAGAGACCUUCUCCAAGCAGACGGCAUGGGAGAACCUGAUAGCGCCGGAUAAUGUUUCGCAGCCAGCUAUUGAGCCGCUCCAUGGUCAAUACCGCCGCAAUCUGCCACGGCCUGUCUGCUCCUCCAUCUGCCGUCAUCUUGUCAAGCAUCUGUCACGUGACCCGUCGGCUCGCCAUCACGGCCACAGGUGGCGCACUCGAGGCCCGGGGGCCACAUCCUUUCUGUGGCCCGCCAAAGCCGAGAAAUAAUAAAAGUCCGGUCUCAGCGCAAUGAAUGCUUGCUGCGGGACAUGUCCGCCAAAGCUUCCUGUCUACCUGCCUCGCAGCUCCCUUCAGGUAAGAAAGCUCCCAACAUUUAGCCUGUGAGCGCCUGGACAGGAAAGAUUUUUUAAAAAGUAUAUACUGUAUAUAUUUUUUUUACUUGGGACGUCCCGGAUUGGGGACCCUUGCCAUGAACGGUCAAUAGAUCCACGCUCCUUUACGGAACUUUGUUUGGACAAGCACACCCAUCUCCUCCGCCUCUUCAGCCGCAUCAACACUUUCUUGACCCCAACAAUCCCUCCCUCCGCCCCGCCCACUGUCUUCGGUGACUCCUGCCCCUCCCUUCCCUGCCUGGGAUGGAGAAGGAAAGAGAGAGAGGCAGCCGGCCCACCAUCACCACCAUGUCCCCAGAGGCCCCUUGCCUUGCCUGCCCGCCCCUUGCCGCUGCUCAGUACAGUUGUGCCUCAGUCCCGGACCGUGACCACCAGCCGGGAACGCCACUCAAUGUGAAUCCUCUGUGUCAACCACAGAAACACCCAGAAAAAGAACACCCUCCCAGGAACAUGGCAGCGGCACCCUUGGCCCUGGCGCUCGCCCUAUUGACCCUGGGCCCGGGGCUUACAUCGGCGGGGUGUCCGGCGGCGUGCCGGUGCUCCUACGCCAUGGUGCAGUGCUUGCAGUCCGACGGCAUCGCCAGCAUCCCGGCUUUGGCGUCGCAGGAGAGCGAGAACGUGACGGACAUUUACAUCGAAAACCAAGCCGGCCUUGAAAAUAUCACAGACCUGGAUAUGUUUAACUACAAGGAGCUAAAGAACCUAACUGUGACGUCAUGCAAGCUGAGGCUCAUCGCCGCCAACGCCUUCCAGCACAACGUCAAGCUGCAGUACGUGAACCUGGCGUCAAACUCUCUGGAGCACAUCUCCUGGAGGGUGUUUCAUUUUCUACCUCUGCUCAACCUGGUCCUGGAGGACAACCCUUUGCUUUGCUCGUGUGACCUCCACUGGCUGCAACACUGGCAGCGGAACGGUCGGGCCGACCUGGACGACCAGAAGUUGACCUGCCUGUCCGCCGGACAGGAAGUUGCGCUCGAUGCUUCGUCGGUCACGGACAACUGCAGUCUGCCUGAGGUGAUCAUCCUCCCCUCCAACAACAAGGUCCAAGAAGGAGGCAACCUGACCUUUGAGUGUCGUGUGACAGGAAGUCCCACCCCUCAAGUGAGGUGGAGAACGGAUGCCCUCCAGUCACGCUUCAUUGUCGAGGAGAGAAUCUGGGACUCCACCCUGGAGGUGCUCCUCUACCUCACCAACGUCUCGUCCAAGGACCACCUGCACAACCUGACCUGCCAGGCCGAGAACCAAGCGGGUCCCGGUGAGGACAUGAUGCAGCUGGAUAUCGAGUUCGGGGCCAAAAUCCUCUACCUGGACAACGCCGUCAAAAAGCAUCACUGGUGUUUCGCCUUUGGCGCGGACGGCAAUCCGGAAGUGAACAUCAGCUGGCGGUACAAUGGCGAAGAGCUGAUAGAGACGGCAUACACGUACACGGACCUGCUGCGCGACUCCACUGAUGGCUCGAAGAAGCAUGGCUGCCUCUCCCUCAACAAGCCCACGCACAUGAACAACGGCAACUACACCCUGAAGGUGGAGAACCGGUUGGGGCGGGACCAGGCCACCGCCAGCGGGAUUUUCAUGUACAACCCCUUCGGAACGUCCAACCCGGAGGGAAUAAUUCCGUUCUACAAUAUGGAUCCAACUCCCACCAACAGAUCCAACAUGGACGUCACAGAGAACCUGGAGAGUCGAGUCUUUGUGGUGUCAGUGGCCGUGGGUCUCGCUCUGUUUGCCUGCACCUUCCUGCUCGCCACCGUCUUGGUUAUCAACAAAUGUGGCAAGAACUCCAAGUUCGGCAUACACCGCUCGUCUGUGCUAGGCACCGAGGACGACCUGGCCGUGUCGCUGCGCUUCAUGAACUUCGGGACCAGCCCGCCUUCCUCCGACGAAGACUCGGGCCUGUCCAGCUUUGUGGAGAACCCGCAGUACUUCUGCGGCAUCAUCAAGGACAAAGACAUGUGUGUCCAGCACAUCAAGCGGCAGGACAUCGCCUUGAAGUGGGAGCUGGGCGAAGGCGCCUUCGGCAAAGUCUACCUGGCCACGUGCGCCCACCUGAGCCCCGACAGCGACAAGAUGCUGGUCGCCAUCAAGACGCUGAAGGACGCCAACGAGUCCACCCGGCAGGACUUCCAGAGGGAGGCGGAGCUUCUGACCGUGCUGCAGCAUCAACACAUUGUUCGAUUCUACGGCGUGUGCACGGACGGCGAGCCGCUGGCCAUGGUGUUUGAGUACAUGAGACACGGCGACCUCAACCGCUUCCUACGCGCUCACGGCCCUGACGCCUGCAUCCUGGAGGAGUCCAAGAUGGCGCCCGUGGGCGAGCUGACGCUGCCCCAGAUGCUGCACAUCGCCGCCCAGAUCGCCUCGGGGAUGGUGUACCUGGCGUCUCUGCACUUUGUCCACCGGGACCUGGCAACGCGCAACUGUCUGGUGGGAGAAGGUCUGGUGGUCAAGAUCGGAGACUUUGGCAUGUCCAGAGACAUCUACAGCACCGACUACUAUCGCGUGGGCGGGCGCACGAUGCUGCCUAUUCGCUGGAUGCCACCAGAGAGCAUCAUGUACAGGAAGUUCACCACGGAGAGUGACAUCUGGAGCUUGGGUGUGGUCCUGUGGGAGAUCUUCACCUACGGCAAGCAGCCUUGGUACCAGCUGUCCAACAGCGAGGCCAUCGAGUGCAUCACGCAGGGCCGUGAGCUGGAGAGACCACGUACCUGUCCCAAGGAGGUGUACCUGCUGAUGCAGGGCUGCUGGCAGAGGGAGCCUCAGCAGAGGAUGGUCAUCAAGGACCUGCACAGUCGCCUGCUGACCCUGGUCAAGAACCCCCCCGUCUACUUGGACAUCCUGGGUUAGUGGGGGCGGGGUCAAUGUUUACCGCUAGCAAAGCGUUUAAGGAAGACGAAAGGCAAGGAAACUGACCGACGGUCCCGCAGGCUGCGAGUGGAACUCCGCCUCCCUCAGGACGAGAGACUCUCACCCGGCAGACGACUUUUUGAUAUGACGCCGAUUCCAAACGUCUACAGGACAAUUUUUCAACUUGCACGCAUUUUCUUUGCUGCUUUUCCCUCGAGAGUUCAUGUCUUCUUCCGCCGCGUUUCCUCCGAGGAGCUUCAAACAAUACACACCACUUCAGUUGCGAGACGCCAAACUCAAAACAUGACGUCAUAAAAAUUGCGCGUGUCGGAGCUCGUCCACGACGCGAGGAAAAUCAAGCCCGAGCUAGAUGAGACCGCCACUUUGGGGGUGGUUAGGCUUCGCUACACAUCUGAAUUUUUUUCCAAUGUGUAAACAAACUGAGGCACUUCAAUACAAUUCAAUAAUUUUGUUUCGAUAUUUUACAACAGGCUGAGCAAUUGACGUAAUAAAUCCAGUUAAAAACAAUCCUCAUACAAACAAAGUGACAAAACAAAUACAAAUCUAUGUACAUUAUGUAAAUAAAACAAUGGACUUGUUUGUCUAAAGCAACUUAAAUUCCUCCAGUAAAGAUAAUCAUUUAAGGGCUUUUCUAUUUUUAACCAUUUUCCCGGAUUGUAUUAAUAAAUUGGAAUCUCCGAGCCAAUGUGAGAAUUUGGGUUUUGCUUUCAGAAAUCCGACUUUUAUGUACGAAAAAAAUGUAGCUUGCAACAUAAUAUUUAUUAGCAUUUUUAGGUUGUCAUUAAAAUAUAAAAAUGUAAUCUAUCGUGAACGGAUAACAAACAGAUGUACAAUAUCACAUUCCAUGAAUAAAUAUUUAUAUCUUAAAAUCAAGUUGUCACAAGUUUGGUUUGAUGGCAGCCAUUUAUUUUUUUCACCAAUCCUGCUCGAAUUUGGACUUUUGUGGCACCGAUUCACGUAAAAAUCCAACUGCGCCAUGUUUCGCUACCUGGGGUUGCGUGUGACGCCAGGCCCAGUCGUAUAAUUGGCGAUCACUCCAGCAGCACUGAGAGCGGACUCAGCCAAACUGCUUCUGGGUAAUGUUGCAAUUUUCAACGCCAACAAAGAAAUUGACUUUUUUUUUUAAAAGGCUCCACCUUUUGAAAAAUGCGCUAGCUCGAUGCUAUUAUACAUUGUCUGUGCUAUCCACUUGCUACUGAUUAGCAUUAAGAACUACAACUAAGAUGCACGUUGCAAUCAAACAGCUGGUGCAUAAAAAGUCGAAUACUUGCAGUAUUAACACUUUGUAGGGCGCAACAGACGCACCAUACUGCCAUCUAACGUCUUGGACUUGCAACUGCAAUCGAGACUCAGAAAUGUGGUAAUAAAACAAGAAAUGAUCAGGUCAUUUUUAAAUGUUGCAAUAAAAAGGACAUUUUAUUUUCCAAAAACAAUUACUAUUUAUUAACACACACAAAAGUACCGGUAUUGAAUCUUGAUCUGCGAAUCGGUACCGUAUCUCAGCCUGAGUGUCUCUGUUCGAUUGUGGAGGCGUUUCCAGAUUGCAAAUGAAACCACGCCCCUCCCUCCCCAAAAACAUCAUAAUUUAACUCGUUGGUGGUCACUGCUAAAGUAUUUCCUUCCCGGUGAAAAAUAAACGUGGAAAUAAAAACUCUCUGAUGCGACAACGUAGCCAGACGGGAAAACCCAGCGUUCAAAAUCGAACUCCAUAAGUCCCGUUCAAAGUUGUCAGCUGUGUGAGAAAUUUCAAGCCCACCCAACUUGCGGGUUUAAUAAUAGCAUGAGGUCUAUUUGUCAGGAAAGUGUUAUUUAUAUAUAUUUUUUAAGAGUACAUCAAUGGGUGUCCUCCUUUUUUCACCACUAACCACCCACUGUCAUGGAAAAUGGAAAGACCUGUUACCCUCUGCAGUUGAGUAGAUCAACAACCAUGGACAUUACACAAUACUGUAAAUCUUUGGGCACCACAUGAUUUAAUUCUUGGGGGUUACAAUUCAAUUCGAAACGAAUCUCGAUUAAAAAUUAAUACUUUUUUCAUAACAUUGGGUGGCAGUUCUAUGAUUAACUACAUUCCUCCAUAAAAUAGAUCAACAGCUCUGAUAAAUGUCUAUAUUACUUAAAAGAAAAGUGAUUUUGUUGAAUAAAAUUCUACCCAAACAUUUAAUAAAGUCAAAAACA